AUGGGUUGCAUUUGUGGCAAGGUGGAUCCAAACACGUUUCUGGUGGCCCAUCCGGCUGGCAAGACGCUAGUGGAGGGCUUGGCAGGGCAAGGCCCGGGCAAAGUCUUCUCGAUUGAACCCUGGGCCGCCUCCAAAAAGACCAACCCCCCGCAGAUGCUGGAGAUGCGGGAUGACUCCGGGCAGGUGGUGCUGUCUGUGAGCGGCAAGUGCGAGCCAAGGGAGGACACAACGAUUGUAGAUGGCACCGGGAAGAUGGUGGCGGUGCUGAGGAGACGGCCCAAGCGCAGCAGCCCAAAGCCACGGCUGGCUGGGACUCCACCAGCUGGCUGA